GAGAGGAAGACGGUAUUCCCCCUUUUCCCAUUGCCGCUGAUUCUUCUUUCUCGCCUCUUCACUCCUCCGGACCUUCGACGACAGAUGCAGCUUUGGGCUCCGAAUGGGGAACUGCCUGACCGCAAUUGCCGCCGCCGCAGCUGCCACCCCAGCGAGGACUCUCCCUCGUACUCGUAGUAGUAGAAGAGAAGGCAGUCAGGCGAGAAGGACCGACGAUGGAGGAGCAGGAAGGAGGAGAGAUGCGGUGAUGCGGGAGGAUGCGUUGCAUGUGUUGCCCGGCCGGAUCUUCUCGAACGAGGGCAGGAGCAGCGUCGCCUCCAUCUACACGCAGCAGGGCUGCAAGGGCAUCAACCAGGACGCCAUGAUCCUGUGGGAGGACUUCGGUGGUCAAGGCGUCGUCCUCUGCGGUGUGUUCGACGGCCACGGCCCCCACGGCCACUUGGUGGCCCGCAAGGUCCGGGACGCCCUCCCCCUCAAGCUCCUCUCUCUUCUCCCCUUUCCUGGCGGUGGCCGCAGCCUUAUGGACCGGUCCUGUUUCUGUUUCGGGAGGAGACACGGCGUCCCGGUACUAGAUCCCGCCUCCUCCGUGGAGGAGCCAUCCCUGUCGGUUUGGAGGGAGGCCUUCGUGAGGUCGUCCAAGGCCAUGGACAAGGAGCUCCGUUCCCAUCCGACACUCGAUUGUUUCUGCAGUGGCAGCACCGCCGUGAUCUUGCUCAAGCUGGGUUGUAAUCUUUUCAUUUCAAACAUCGGUGAUUCCCGUGCUGUCUUGGGGUGCACCGACGACACUAAUAGUUCCAUGCUUCCAGUGCAGUUGACGGUCGAUCUAAAGCCUGAUCUUCCAAGAGAAGCUGAACGAAUCAAGAGGUGUAGGGGGAGGGUAUUUGCUCUGCAGGAUGAGCCAGAGGUGUCAAGGGUGUGGCUGCCUUACGAUGAUGCUCCUGGGCUAGCGAUGGCUAGAGCUUUUGGUGACUUCUGUUUGAAGGAUUAUGGGGUAAUCUCUGUGCCAGAAUUCUUCCAUUGGAACCUGACAGAGAAGGACCAGUUUGUCGUACUUGCAUCUGAUGGUGUCUGGGACGUACUCACAAACAAAGAUGUUGUCGACAUCAUCUCUUCAUCUCCAACCCGAUCAUCGGCCGCAAAGGUUCUAGUUGAAACUGCUGCUCGUGAAUGGAAACUCAAAUACCCUACAUCAAGGAUGGAUGACUGUGCUGUGGUUUGCUUGUAUUUGGAUGGACAGACGAAUACUGUGUCCGAGUCCCUCGUGAACUGUUCAUCUUCUUUUGUUUACAGCUAUGAAGAUUCCAAAAUUGAAUCAGAUGAAGCACAAAAUCACGAACCCACAUUAGAUCGGAAUUUCACAGUAAGACCAACAGGAAACACCAGGAUAUCAGUUGCUCUGGAGGAACGUGGAACAGAUUGUGCUGCCGAGGAUGGGAGCUGGUCAGGCCUGGAAGGAGUGACACGAGUUAACUCAAUUGUUCAGCUUCCAAGAUUUUCCGAUGAGAAGAUGCAUGGUGAUGCAUGUUUAUGAUCCUUUUUCAGGAAUUAUAGUUCAUUUUGAUUCAUCUGAUUCAAGGCGCAAUUCUUACCUCCGAAGGACUUGUAAAAAUUCCGCCAUCUCUUAGCUUUUUAAAGGCUUGCUUUUGUCUUGCUGUCCAACUUUUGUUGGAAUGUACGGGAAUGUAAGACGAUGAUACAUAUCCUGAUGUUCCUUCCUUUUUCUUUCUUUUCCUUUUUCUUAGCAAGAGGUCAGUCGUAUGUCUGUGAGAUGUAUGUGAGAUAUGUAAGUAGUUCUUGAGAGAUUGCCUACUGUUUUGGACAAUUAGUGGUCUUCGAUUAGUGUCGGUAAGAAUAUGAUAGAUCUGCUGAGGUUCCUUUUCUUUGCUGUGGCGAGAGGGAGAGGUCAGCCGUUUGUUUGUGAGAAAUGCCAGUAGUUAUUGGAGUACUGUCUACUGUUUUGAACAAUUAGCGGUCUUCAGUGCCGCUGGAUGUUACUAUAGUGUAGUAGUUUUCAUUGUUGCCAUCGAAGAAAA